UAAAAUUGUCUACAACCGUAGAACAGGCGUCUAAUCUAAUAAAAUCUAUGCGCCCAACAGAGUUGGAUCCACGUUAUGUGGAUCUACGUAUGGUUUGGUCGAGAUUUUAUUGUCUUCGAACUGUCAGAGACAUUUUUUACGUAGACCAAUUAUACUGGUUAUAGUGGGCACAAGAUAUAUGCUAUAAACAGUAUAAAAAUUUUGGAGCGUGUGAUGUGGCUAUCAGACACAAUACAUGUUAAUUGGCCCUCUGUCAAUAUCUUCUCGAUGCUUACGGGUUAAGAUCGAUUGCAGAGCAGUAAUGAAGAGUAUAAAGUUUAACAAUAAUGUAUAUUUCUAGUUUAAUUCACAUUUAUUUACGCAGUGAAGUGUGAUUGGAUAGGAAAUAAGAUGUUGGCAGUGACACGUUUGGUUCUUAAUUAAAUAAUGUUUAAUCUGAGAGUAGACGCGUGGGGUGUCUGAAACACCCUUACUCAAUGCUUUUCAAAUGAAAAAUAAAAUCUCAAGACCAUUCCCGGGAUAAGCAAUGAUAACGAUGGGAAGAUCAAUGUCCCAGGUAGAGACCUAAAUUAGUUAAUAUUCUAUCUGACCGAGUUUCUUGCCGUGUACUUGGUGUAAGACUACCGAGUAUGUUGAUAGUAACAGUUGCACAUCGUAGAAGAAGAUUCCUAGAAACUGUUGCCCAGUAGAAGUGGGUAAAAGAUAAGAGAUAUAUUGUAUUUUUACAAAGAGUGCUUUGCAAGUAUGAAAUGAGGUUAGUAGCCAUAUUUUAGAUAAUUUAGAUGCGACUCCAGUGACAUCACGUAAUACUUUCUAAAAGCUUGGAGCUGUCAAGUUCUCGAUCGUUUGCACCCGUUUGGAUUGAAUUGAUUGUGUUAGAAAAGUUCGUGAGAACCUUGAGGUGGUUCCUCUUAUUCCUCUUGAUUUGUGAUUUUUUCACGUCAUCGUGCAAGUAUACAGAAAUAUAACACAUAAUGGCGUCCUAUGGAUCACGAACUCUCUCAAGGCAGCUUUUUCUACGACAUUUUGCCUUGGAGUCGCACACAUCUCUAAGCGCAAUACAUGUAGCUGCGUUGCGACCGGAAGUGGUGCUAAGUUCAGAAAACAGGAAGUCUUGCGUACGCAAUUUGAAACAGUAUCUUCAGCCUCGAAGAGUAAUUCAAGAAAAUGCUAGCAAGGCCGCCGUAUUGGUUCCGCUUUGUAUACAUAAAGGUGAGUUGGGCCUCUUAUAUACUUUGAGGUCAACGAAGUUAAAUACGAAUCGAGGUCAAGUUUCAUUCCCCGGAGGAAUGCACGAUAAGAAUGAUUCGAGUUUGGAAGAAACAGCUUUGCGGGAAACUUGGGAGGAAUUAAAAAUUCCACAAGAUAAAAUAGACAUUUGGACCAGCGGAAAUCCUAUUGGACGAAAGGAUGUUACUGUUUUUCCGGUUCUUGGGUUUGUCGGUGAAAUUGAUCUGGACAAUUUACAACUUAAUCCGGAGGAAGUCGAAGAGGCUUUCGUUUUGAGUUUGAAGAAACUCUGUGAUCCUGCUUCUUGUCACUUUACGCAAUUUCGAAAUACUUAUAGUCUACCCAGCUAUACAGGUGGUAAACACAGAGUUUGGGGACUUACUGCAGCGAUUACUCAUAUGGUAAUGUGCUCAUUAGUACCUGGAAUAUAUAAACAUCGUAUUUUGUACUUGCAGUCUAUUGGGCAAAUUAAUUCGUCUUGACCUUUGUAGUCUAUAUCUAUUAAGACUCUAAUGUGAUGAUUUUGUUGGUUUUAAUAAAGUACUAUUUGAACUGAU